AUGUUCGAAUCCAAACUCCCCCUCCCUCAGCUCCCGACAAGCGAUGUCUUCAACUACAUCUUCCACUACGGUCGGCGCGCCUACCCCUGGAGCCGCGUGGUGUAUCGGGUCGACGGCACCGACGAGACCCUGACACUGGCCCAACUCGAAGACCAGAGCCUGCGCCUGGCCCGGGCCCUGAAGAAGAAAUACGGCAUCAAGCCGAACGAUGUUAUCUCGAUCGCCGCGAAGGAUGGUAUCCAAUACCCCAUAGCGUUCUUCGGCGCCCUAGCAGCCGGCGCCACCCUCGCCCUAAUCCCCAUCCAAAAAGAGCUCUCCACCCCGGACAUCGCCAGCCGGCUCCAAACCUCCCACUCCAAGCUCCUCAUCACCGACAGCUAUCUCCUCCCGCUCUCCGAACCGGCCUCCUCCCUUGCCGGCGGCGUCCCCAUCAUCACCCUCGACGAAGCCGACGCCGAAAUACCUUCCCUGUCCGACCUCACCGCCCACGCCCAACCGGCUACCACCAGUUUUGCGUUAGAAACCCACGCUGCUGCGUCCGACCACGACGCGUUUAUUAACAGGACUAGUGGAUCAACGGGGAAUAUGAAAUCUGUUCUUGUCUCCCACGCGCAUUACAUCGCCGCCAUGGAAGGCACACUGCACACCAUCCCCCCGACGACAGACGUGACAACCGAUGUUUGGCUCGCCAGUUCCUCCCUCGGCUUCCUAAUCAACGCCAAACUGUUCAUGGGCCUCAACCUGCUGCUUGGCAUCCCCGUCGUGUUAAUGCCCACACCGUUGGACGAAACCUCGGUUUCCGUCAUCAAACGCCACGCGAUAACCUUCAUCCUGGUGUUCCCGCCGUUGAUCGCGAAGCUGGCUAAAGCGACUGAUCUCGCAGCGGCUGAUGUAGCAUCGAUUAAAUGGCUGUUAUCCGCCGGCGCCGUGAUCCCCGCCAACUUGCGCAGAGCGAUAGCGCAGAAGUUUCCCCAUGUGGAUCUAACCCUGGAAUGGGCCACCUCCGAAACGAUGUUGAUUUCCAUCCAGACUAAUGAUCCGUCCUCUCGCCGGGAAGGCUCCAGCGGGACGUUGGUGAACGGGAUACAAGCCCGCGUGGUGGAUACCCAGACAGGGGAGGAUUUAGGCGCCGGCGAGCCAGGCGCGAUAUUGGUGCGGAAUCAGUUGGCGCGGUUUAGGGGGUAUAAAGACAACGUGGAGGCGAAUCGGGAGUUUGAUUCCGGGGGAUGGUUCCAUACGGGGGAUUAUGGGUUUAUUGACGGGGAGUGUAAUGUGUAUAUUAUUGAUCGGAUUAAGGAGAUGAUGAGGGUGGGCGAUGGGUAUGGGAGUCGGAUUAGCGCGGGAGAUUUGGAGAAUGUGGUGUUUGAGCAUGAGGCGGUGCACAGUGUGGUGGUGGUGGGGAUUUGGGACGAGGAGAAGGCGACGGAGGUGCCGACGGGGUUUGUGGUGCCGAUGCAGGCGUUCCGGGGGCAGGUUGGGCCGGAGUUGGCGAGGAAUAUUGAGGUGGCCGCGGAGAAGAAGGGGUUGACCGGGUUGAAGAGGUUGAGUGGAGGGGUGUAUUUUGUGGAUGCGUUGCCGACGACGGGGUUUAAGAUCAAUAGGCGGAUUAUGAAGGGGUUGAAGCGGGAUCCGGUGACGAGGUUGGCGAGCUGGGAUACAACCCCACUCCGUUGCAGCACUUUCCACCUUUUACAUCUCUCACCCAGAGAAACGCAGAGGGCAGUACCCGGUUACCUCAAGCAGCGGCCCCUCGACUUGCUGCAGUAG